AUGCGCUUCCGAGUUCGGGGCCCUUCAGGCCAAUCUACCGUCACUUUGGAUGACACGGCCACUAUCAACGACUUGCGAGGACAGAUUGCGGAGAAGACCGGUCUCACUUCCUUUGAUGUCAAAUACGGAUAUCCAGACCUGAAGCCUUUGGACAUCGACAGCUUGCAGCCUGAACAAAACAUAUUAGAGCUCGGAAUCAACUUGAACGGGGAGCAGCUUAUUGUUGCGCAGCGAGAGAGUGCGAGUGCCACCCCGCAACCGCAGAAUGAGCCCAGCUCUUUUUCUUCCCAGCAGAUGCGCCCGCCGCCUGCAACUGCAACAUCACAAAAGCCAGAAAACUCCGCAGAUGAUCCCCCGGAAGUCGCCUCGCCCGAUCAUGCAGGCACAUUCGUGCUUCGCGUAAUGCCUGAUGACAAUUCUUGUCUUUUCCGUGCUGUAGGCGCGGCGGUCAUGGGUGAUAUGGAUACCAUGGUAGAGUUGCGCUCGAUCGUGGCCGGUGCCAUCCAGUCCAAUCCGUCAGAAUAUACAGCCGUUGUUUUGGGCAAAAAUCCAGACGAGUAUUGCAAAUGGAUUCAGAAUGAAGACUCGUGGGGUGGUGCGAUUGAACUCAAGAUUCUCAGCGAGUACUUUAACAUUGAGAUUUGUUCGAUCGAUGUACAAACGCUUCAUAUGUUUCAGUUUAACGAAGGGGCCCCGACUCGGUGUGUCGUUGUGUACUCUGGGGUUCAUUACGACGUUCUCGCCCUCUCGCCGUCAGAUCCGCCAUACACACAUGCCGAUCCGUUUACACAAAUUGAUACUAAGAUCUUCGAGGCUGUCGACCCGGUAGUUUUGGAGAAGGCACAGGAGGUGUGCCAGAUUUUGCAGAGCAAGCAUUACUAUACGGAUACAUCGGGAUUUUUGGUCCGCUGCAAUACGUGUGGAGAAACAUUCACAGGAGAGAAGGGGGCAGUCCAGCAUGCCACGGCAACUGGCCAUUAUGAUUUUGGAGAAUCCAGUUAG